CAGAGGUUUUCUUAGAUUUGCUAUUUACGAUGCUUUAAAUAUUUAAGAUUUAACAAAAAAUGUAUAAUAAAAUAAAUAAAGUUUGACCUCCUGUCAGCGAGUUUCAAAAAUAGUCGCCAGCAUUUUGUUUAGUAAAAUUCCAGGUAAAAAAAAAAAAAGGUAUAUUUAUUUAAUUACCGCGGCAAAACAGCCAAAACUGUUUUGUUUUUUUUGCUUCCCAGAAAGUUUGCUUACACGCUGCCAAUUUGAUACAAAACCGGAUCUAGCAGGAUACAGAAGAGGCCGUCCCAGUCCAAGUCCAAGUUUCUAGCUCCGGAUAAAUGUACGGCUGACUCACUCCACGUAUGCCUGCCAGAUUUCUCUGUUAUUGUACUCGCGCUGAAAGUGGAUAGGCGGAAGCUGUGAGGGCGUUUUUUUUUGUUGUGCAUCUCAAGGCCGACGAGGAACGGCCACUUCCCAGAUGAAGCGUGUCCGCGCCAGCCGCUCUCGGGGUCACCGACCUCGACCGCAAACCGGGGCCCCGACGCUCGAUCCACAGAGCGGGACCGUAAACAUAGUUUUUACUACUGUUUGUUCAGGAAAACAUGCAGGUCUUAAGCCGCGCCGAGCUGUGUACUUACAAUGCUUUCAGUGCCGGGUGAAAACAUUUUUGAGCCCGGGCCAGGGACAUCGUGUUCCCUCCCCUCUGUAGCUGGUUAGAGUGUGACGUUUGCUGGCGCGGCGCCCAGCAGGGUCAAGUUGAUUCAAAUAGGACGAGCGCGUUGGCUGGCGGAGGCCUGGUAUGCUGGUCUUGUCUGCACAUGACAGGGACUCUGGUUUCUCGUGAAGUUUUCCAUGAGAACCGCUUCCCUCAGGUGGAGUGAGCAGCAACACACAAAAAAAAAAAGCUUCAAGCCCAAUCUUUCGACGGAGCUCGAGAUCUCCGGCUACGCGUCCUCCGGCGAGAACGCCGACGUCGCCGUGACUUCGAGCCGGCCGGGCUCUCCUCUGCGAAGCGGCGAGGGCAGCAAGAGGUCAGUGAGCGACUGGGUCAGGUCUGCUCAGGCGAUGCUCCAGACUCCUCAGAAACCGCCGUCCACGAGGCCGUCCAAGACGCCGGAGGACUCGGCCAAAAAGAAAAGGAAAUUUCAAAGCGGAGGUCUGGCCGAGAGGCUGAAUCGACUCCAGUGCAGACAGAGAUCAGCCGUCGGCUUCUGGAGGCACCAGUCCAUCUCUGACACAACAACAACAACAACAACAACAGUGGACAGGCCUGGCGUGCUGGUGCUGGAGGUGCUGGAGGUUCAGGAGGAGUGCAGCGUGCAACUGGCGCUCUGCGAGCUCCACCGGCCUCCCGGAGAGGCCCGCCAGCACGGAACCCCUCCCCCCUCCGAGCGGAGCGCUCACGUGCUGGUGCUGUUCAACCGGGAGACCGCCGCCCAGCUGAUCCCCGCGCCCAGAGACGUGGUCCACGUAUACCCGCCGUGGCAAAGUCUUUCCAUCGAGGGCUUCAGCCGCGACGUCAUCCUGAACACGCACUUCAGCCAGAAAGUGUACUCUGCGACCAAAGCGGCCGGCGUGUGCGUUCCCGGAGGAGACGCACGCCGCCCGUAUCCUCUGGGCGAGACGUUCGGGCCGCUGGAGGAGACCGCCGCCAAGCAAGCCGCCGCCUCCGGCGCUCCGUGCCGUUUCGGAGGUGCGGCGGCGUCGGCGAGACGUUGCCUCUCUCUCCUGGAAGCCAUCGAGGGUCUCGGCCGGGCCGGCUCCGUGGGGCAGGACGUGGAGGUGGUGGUCCAGAGAGUGUACUCCGUCCCCGCGGCCGACUGCUCUCCCGCGUCCGCCCUCAAGCCCAGACUUCCCGCCGGGUCGUCCUCGGACCCUCUCGCAGAAAAGGGCAAAACCAGGCUCUGUGCGCUGGUCCAGGACGGCUACGGGAUGUUCAGCGUGGUCCAGCUCCACUUCCUGCCCCGCGACGACGACCUGCACGAGUACUGCCGCCGGUGGCAGGGGAGGAGCUGCCUGCUGAGGGGCGUCACGGUGCUGCGGCGGGUCACUCGAGAAAGGAGCGCCAGGCUGUUCAGCUUGAUCGACAGUCUGUGGCCCCCGGUGACGCCUCUCCGAGAUCAUGGAAACACGGCGAGCGUGUGCACCGAGAGCAGACCUGCGGGCGCGGCUCCGAGUUUCUGCUACCUGCUGUCUGGUCAGGAGAGCUCCGUCGAACCGGCCGAGGAGCGAGAGGCGUCGCCGCUUUACGCCCCGCCCGCUCGACACACCUUACGAGAAGUACUGCAGGGAGAGCAUAAAACCCGCCGCUGCAGUUUUGUCGCCACUGUUCUGUACAAGAGAAAAAUGCAGAGUCGUGAUGUAGGCCAGGGUGAGGUUUGGCUGGUGCUGACAGACCCCAGUCUUCAGGAGGAGCAGCGGCCCGAGAGGCCGCGCAGGCGAACGGUGGCCCUGUGUGUCAGCACUUCCUGUGCGCUCACUUCCUCUGUCCUCGAAUCACUCGACUCCCCCGCCGCCUGUCGCAUGUCAUUCAGAGAUGUCAUCGUCGAACGCGGUGUUCUCCUGUGUGUGGAGCAGUCCGUCGUCGGGAUGUGCUCCGCGGACCCCGACGGGCCGGAGCCUCGGGCCGAGACCCCGCCCCGACCCGUGAGACUGGAUCCCCUGAGUUCUGAGGUCACACCCAACUCCGUCUGCUCCCUCUCGGGGGUGAUCGUCGGCGUGGAUGAGGCCGCUGCUUUCUCCUGGCCGGCCUGCAACCGCUGUGGAAGUGACGACUUGGAGACGUCGCCUGACCCACGUCGGAAGCUCCGCUGCGUUUCUUGCAAGUCGUCGGUGGACAAACCGGACACGAGGAUUCAGCUGGAAGUGUUCCUGAGUUCGUCGUUAAGUAAUUGCACUUUAAAGGUCAAGCUGCAGCCGAAGACGAUCACGUCGGUCCUGAACACCGCGGCGCUGGAGGGUCACGAGUUCCCAGGUUACGAUGUGGAGAAUGUCCUGGGAAAAGAAGUGGGCCCCCUCGCCGUUUACGUCCGAGUCGUCUCCAGGAAACCGGCCCUCUGGAUUGGCCUGGAAGAAAUCUGCCUCUCUGAGUCUGUCGGGAUAUGUGAUCCUGUGGACCAGGGGUUGACAGCCCAAGGGUAGACCGGUGGCAUGCCGUCUGUCAGAGCGGCCCACGCGGUUCAUCAACUGGGACUUUUGGCUGUAAAACGCAUUUUUAAGUGCUUUCAAAUCCCCCCCAGCACCCCUCCCUACUUAUCUACCUCUGUUUAAGAUUACUGACUGUCAAUAAAGUUGCAUUUUUUGCUGA